UUCAACCUGCUUCUGCUUAGCCGGAUGGCGCUCGACAGCGAGGCCGUCUUCCGGGAGCGCGUCGACAAGUUCGGCCUCGUAGACCUCUGGCCGAAGUUUGAAGAACAUGGCUGGACUACAAUGGGCUCGUUCGCUUUCGCCUGCCAGGUCCAGGCUGGUGGCAACCCAGACCCAGAGGCUUUCCAACGAGAGGUUCUGACUCCGUUGGGCGCCGCCGGAGCCCGCAGCACCACCGCAAUCCGACGCUUGUUCUGGGAUUCCUGGACCCAUUCUUGCGCCAGCAUGCGCCGCGAAAUCGACCGUCGCGAGGACGACCCACCGAUGUCUCUCCCAGCCAAAGAGAUCGCGGUGCGCGUCGAGGCUGUGCGGAAGAAGGCUCUCCCUGGUCUCAACAUCCGGGAUCAGUUCGAGCCGGCUCGUGCAACGGUCACUACGUUCGCCCAGAUGUACGAAGACAACCAGGUCAAGUACGUCCCUUGGGCCGACAUCCCAUCGCGCGCAGACGAGGACGCCAAGCCCGCGGGCAAGAAACCCACGGAGUGGCAGGAAGACGGGCAAGGGUAUGUCAGACACGCCCCAUCACGGUCGGCAGCUUCGGCCGAUUAUGGGACCGAGUUCCGCCUGUACCAGGUCCUGGUUCGGCGCGGCGUGGCGGCCGAGGCCGGGCGGGUGAUGCACUUGGAGGUGCACCAGAAGAUCCAGCAGCGCUGGUUGGCGGAGCUCACGGGCAGCAGCCCUGACCCGGCCUACAAUCCGCCCACUUUGGACCAGGUCAAGCGGGCGGAUGUCGAGUUGUGGCGCUUGCUGGCGGCGCCGCGUGGCGGCGCCGCCGCGAGCGCUCCCGGCGGAGACCGGCAGGGCGACCAGGGCUCGGCAAGGACCAGGGCAGAGAAGCGCAAGGAGUCCAGGCAGAGGCAGGCGGAGAACAAGCGGCAGAAGCCAGCAGAGGUCGCACCCGCCGCAGUGGCGCCGAAGGGGGCCGGCAAGGGCAAGCGCACCCCCAUGCCCAGGGGCCUGAUCGGCAAGAACCGGCAGACGCCGGAUGGGCAGCCGUAUUGCUUCGACGCCAACCUCCCGCACGGGUGCCCUCACGCGCAGGCCGCGCCGCUGCUGGCCUCGGCUGUACACGAGGCGGACCCUGAGCAGCGGAAUAGGCAAAGGCGAUCCCCGCUGGUUCCGGAAUUCUCCGGGUUCGCAGACGUUCGGCUUCCGCCAGAGGCGGCCUUCGCCUUACAGGUGGGCGACGUGCUGCGCGAGCCUGUGCGGCACUGCGACGGCGAAGCGCCCGCAGGGGCCAAGGUCCUCCUCCUCGGCCAGGAGACUGGGGGUGACCACGGGGCCGAGGCAAGAUGGGUUCCUGCGAAGUUCGGGCUGCCCUGGCACCCCGACGAGUUUGCCCGCGCGGCAGCCGGGGCAGUUGCGCCCUUCGACCAGCUGCCAGAAUUGCGCUCGCACGUUCUCGAGACAGUGUUCUUCGUCCUUACCCGCGCCUUGGAACAGGACGAGGCGAGGCUGCGCGAGUCCAUGGAGCCCGGCGUGCGGCACGUGCUGCGCGGCGAGCGGCUCCUCCUGCUCGAUGAGAUGGCGCAGGCUGCGGGUUACCCAGAUUGCGGGUUGGCAGCCGAGGCGGCCGCGGGCCUGGCGGUCAUCGGCGCAGCGCAGCGCGCGGCCGUUGAGUCUGCAGGGCCAUCGCCCGACCCGGCUCUGGACGCGGAGGUCGAGCGAGUGACGCUGGAACAGGAGGCUGCUGGCCUCUUGUCUGCGCCGUUAGUGGCGGAGGUUUCCGCCGCGCUCGGCCCGGACUGGCCCCCCGCCCGAAGGUUCGGCCUCUGGCAGGGAGGGAAGGCGCGGGAGAUCGACGACGCCACAGAGUUCGGUGAGAACUUGAUGGUGGAGCGGACCGAAAAGCUCGAUGUUCUCGGCCUCGACGAGGUCGCCGGCUUGGCCCGAUGCUGGGCGGAAGCUGUGGACUGGGACCGGCGGCGCGCCAGUGUGCGCCUGCCUGGCGGCGCUGCUCUUGAAGGCAGGCUGUCUGACGAAUGGAGUCGCGCGGAGGCGGCGCGCCUCGCAGGCCGGACACUGGACCUCAGCAAAGCCUACAAGCAGUUGGCCAAGCGGCCAGAACACCGCAGGUACUCAGUCGUCACGUCCUGGUCUACGUCCAGGCGCCGCGUGGAGUUCCGCCUGGCUUAUUCCCUCCUGUUCGGGGAGACCGGCGCCGCGUUUCGGGCCAACCGCUUCUUUCGGCCUCUGGAGUGGAUAUUCUGUAAGCUCUUCCGGGUCGCUGUCACGAAUUACUUCGAUGAUUAUCCGCACCUCGAGCCCGAGGUUCUGGCUGCUGGGGGCCAUGCCACGGCCUUGGAGGUCCUGAGGCUCCUCGGGUGGCCCCCGAAGGAGGAGCGACCGGAAGACAGGGUGCCGAGGCCAGUGUUCUCCGCUCUCGGGGCGCACUUCGACAUGAGCCCCCUUGUCGAACACGGCUGCUUCAGGGUUGGCAACAAGCCGGGCCGGAUAGAGUCCAUCAGCAAGGACCUGGCGAUGAUCGAGGCCAGGGGCCGUGUCCGCCGCGGCGAGCUGGAAUCCCUCAUCGGCAAGUGCCAGCAUGCCAGGUCAAACACAUUCGGCCGGCGCGGCGCUGCGGCCUUGCAGGCCCUCGGCGAGUUCAGGCAGACGUGCGCAGCGGGCGGCCGAAUCACCCCAAGGGUGAAGUGGGCGCUGUGGUGGUGGCGCCGGUUCUUGAGCUACACCCGGCCAAGGGAGGUGCGCUGCCACCGACGCCUCCCGACGCUGCGUCCGUUCACGGAUGGGGCCUGCACCCCUCGCCCUGGCCGCCUGCCACUGGUGUCGAUCGGCGCCGUGCUGUGUCGCACGGGCGCCGCCCCUGUCGUGUGGGGAGCGGAAGUCCCAGGUGAGGUCGUGGCCAGGUGGCAGGACCGCGGGGUGCGCACUGUGGAGCAGGUGAUCGGCCAGGCGGAGCUUGCCCCCGCGGUCGUGGCCCGCCUCCUGUGGCCGGACGUGCUCCGACAGGCAGUGCUGCUCCAUUGGGUUGACAACGAGGCGGCGCGCUUCGGCCUCAUCCGGGGCUAUUCGCCGGUGGAGGCGAGUGCAGAGCUCAUCUCGUGGUCGCAGGAGUUGGACAUGGCGCGCGGCACAGCGUCGUGGGUUGAGAGGGCCCCUUCCCUCGGCAACCCCGCCGACAAGGCGUCUCGCCUGGAGUUCGAUGGAUACCAGGGCGCGGUUGUGCUGGAG